AUGGUUCGAUCUGCAGAGGCAACAGAGAUACAACUAAGAGACAUGGCAAACGACUCAGCCUUGCGUGGAAUUGGAGUGGCGAAGAAAAAGCCACCAUUCAGAAAGACACCCUCAGCCAAUGAAGAAAGACCCAGCUCCAGCAAGAUAUUUAAUAGCAGAAAUUGUGGCACAAGAUAUAAUGUAAGAAAAUGCCCAGCAUAUUGCAAGACAUUUUACAACUGCAAGAAACAGCAUCAUUUCCAGAGCUCGUGCUGGUCACAACGUAAAGUCCAUGGGCUAAUGGCAGACAAAGAAGAGGAGAAUAACUGCGAGCCUCCACUGUUUGUAGAAGCAGUCACUACAGAAGUUCAGAUUCCGAAUGACGAGCGCUAUAUGACUUUAUCAGUACAGGAACAUCUCGUGCGACUAAAAGUGGACACUGAUUCAGAAGUGAACAUAAUGCCACAAAAGGAACUCAAGGAGAUUGAAGGGGACAACCCCCAAAUAGAUCUGUGCAACCAAAAGCUGGCUAGAUACUCAGAAGAUUAUCUCAAGGUACUAGGAAUCAUAAAAUUACCUGUGAAAUCCAAGUUAGAUUUUGAACAAGAGCUAACAGUCCAUGCAGUGGAAACAAAUCAGCCAGGGCUGCUGGGACUUCGUUCCUCGCAAAACGUGGGCCUAAUGAAAGUUGUCAUGACAGCAAAAACAGAAGGGGAAGAAACCACCACUGAUCAUAGCAGCCAAACUACAAAAACAUCUCAAGAACUAAAAGAAGAGGACUUUCAGAAAUAUGCACAAGGCUUCACUGGACUUCACUGGGUGUUUAGAGAAACCUUAUCACCUUGA